UCAGCCGUCAACCAAGUCAAUUUUACCUUCCUAUCCAAGAACCAAGGGUGUGCCUUCUGACUUCUCAUUCGGCCAAAAGCCCUGGUUUUUGCCGAUUUUUGUCUAAAUUUUGUAGCAUUUUUACUUGCGUCUGUUGUCUAUCCUGCAGUUCGAAAUGCACGGAAGGUUAAAAGUGCGAACGACCGAGCAGGAACAAGCUAUCAAAAGGAAGGAGCGUGAGCAGAAGGUCAAAGCUUACAAAGCUGCCAUGGGGAGGAUAAUGAAAAUUAGAGGAAAUGUUGAGCUGAACGAUGAAAUGCUUAUUCUGACGCGUGAAGUGCUGCAAAGAAAUCCAGACAUUUACACGCUCUGGAACAUACGGAGGGAAAUUUUCCUGAAUUUCAAAAAAGAAAAAAGCGACGAGGAGAUGGGAAAGCUGGUGGAUAAUGAAGUUAAACUGACUGAGAACUGUCUGAUGAACAAUCAAAAGUCGUACUGCGCUUGGCACCACCGUGGCUGGGUUCUUGACCUCCACCCUGAGCCAAAGUGGACUAAAGAGCUUGCCCUGUGCACCGAGUUCCUCAAGCAAGACGAGCGGAAUUUUCACUGCUGGGAUUACCUGCGCCUGGCGGCUGCGAAAAGCGGAUUUUCGCCAUUGAAACAAUUCGAACUCUCAGAUGAAAAAAUCAAAGACAACUUCUCCAACUACUCGGCCUGGCAUUACCGCUCCAAACUGCUUCCUCUGACACACCCUGACCCUGAGGGCAAUGCCCUGAUUGAGCCUGGACAGCACAGCUAUGAAUUGGGACAAGUGGAGAGCGCUGCUUACACCGAUCCAAAUGACUCAAGUGCCUGGUUCUACCAGCGUUGGCUGCUUGGCAGGGACUGCUCCGUGGCGCAAAGGCAGCCACCAAAGCCCCUGCUCUGCUGGCUCGGCCCGCACAAAGCUAUCAUUUCCUUUUCCAAGCAUUCCCGACUGGUGCCCCAGCUGUUCGUGGAUGGACAAACGGUCGAGGGAGAGUGGUUGAUGGAGUCGAAAUACGUCUGGGUAUUGAAGCACAAAAUUGGCAGCGUGGACCAAAUAAAAAAGGCAGAAGUCGUCACAGAAGGUGGCAGGCUAGAGUUGCAGCCCAGCAGCAUAGGUUUGGUUGCUGUCGUGGCAGAAGAGGGCCAGGAACACAACCAAGUGGUGAUGGACACUUUGAAGGGCCAACUGAAAAACUGCAAGUUGCUCCUAACGCUUACGCCUGACUGCAGAUGGACUUAUCUCACUGCCGUUUUCCUUAUGCAAGCCAUCGACAUCAGACUGUUCCACGGCGAGACGAUGGAGUUCUUGGAUAAAUUAAUACAACUCGAUCCAUUGAGAGCUGGCCACUAUAAUGAUCUCAGAAGUAAAUACGUGAUGGAGUUCAAGCUGUCGCUGAUGGAAGGCAGUUUCGGCGUGCAGGAGUCGGUUUCGCUCUCGCAAUGCCACCUUUCCUCCCUGUACCACUUCAAUCAGCUGGCUCUAGUUCGCGAGGUGGACCUCUCGAAGAACCAGCUGACGGACCGAAGCCUACCUGCACUAGGCUCGUUGCAGAUGUGCCGCAAACUCGACCUGAGCCACAACUGCCUCGUCACCUUGGAUUCGAUGCCCAGCUUGCCCGCCCUUGAGUGGCUUGACCUUUCCAAUAAUGAGCUGACCAAAGAGCCAGGACGAGUCGACAAGAACCUCCGCAACGCUAAUCUGACUGCUUUGAAGAGCCUGAGUGUGCAGGAUAACCCCUGCUAUGGCCUGCUAGACCUUGAAGAUCUCCUUCAGACUCUUAGUUUCAAAUAGGAUAUUUGCUAUGUGAUUGCCUUUUAAAUAAAAAUAUUAAUGCGUAAAAAUGGA